CAAGUACGUUCAAACAACAACAUGAGUCCCGGCAAAACACAACACACUCUCCCGUUGGCGAUGACCGGAGUGCUUCUUUAUUGUGGAGGAGAGGCAUGAACCCAUUAUAUCCUGUUCCAUUGUUCCUGAUACUACUUUGCGUCAAGUAUAAAGACCCUGCCACGGCAUGCAUUUCGUACUCGCCGUGUUCAUCACACUCUCGUCAGUGACGAAGUAGACUGCGUCUGCUGCCUUCUUUCGCUUCGCCUUCUUAGCUUCCAACUUACAAUCCGGCAUUGACUGCCGUCUUUCACAAGCUGGUCUUAGACAAACGUUCAACACACUCCUUUGCUGCUGAAGUCGGCGACAUACCAGUAUAUCUACGCCAUGAAGCUUUCCAUUUUUGUCACUCUCGUGCUCUCUUCCUUCGCCACCGCUCUUCCGAGUCUCAAGCGCCGUGGGGGAAGCUUUGUGCUGCAAAAUGGUAUUGAUGCGAUCAACUUGAACAACCAGUUCAAGUCCUUGACUGCAUCCUCGCCGUGUACAUCUGGCAACGCCUGUGUCAACGGGGAGUUUGCUCAGUGUGUCAACGGGAAGUACGUCCUCACUUCAUGUGGAUCAGGUUUGAUAUGUGCUGCACUUCCUCUUGUCAACUCUGCUGGAACCAGCAUCACUUGCACCACUCAAGCAGACCUGAACUCUCGUAUUGCUGCCACCGGUGCCACUGCCAACGGAACGAGUGCGACAGGCAGCCCCUCCAAUGUGACCACUUCAUCCAGCUCGGCUCCUUUAGCCACUUCCAUAACAAACGCUGGGUCAAAUUCCAGCUCAAAUGCUCAGACCUCCCUAACCUUACUGUCAAGUCUUGUCGCUUCUAAUUUUGCUCAGAACGGUCAGAGUUCAAACACCUCCGAGGCUGGCCAAUUUCCCUCUUUGACCUCCACCAACAACUUCAUCAACUUCUGUGCUACCUUAUCCAAUCUCCCUAUAACGAACGGUCAACAGAUCAAAAGUGGUUCCUGCAACCCCGCUCCCAUGGGUGUCAUCCCUUCCACCUCGAAUAUGCCCAGUGCCAAGUUUGUCAGUCCUACCAAUUUGGCUGUUCUUCCAGCAGACACCACCUUCCAGGUGACGCUGGCGAUUAAAGGAAUUGAGACUGGGUUCUUUGUUAAUCCGGAAACCAAUUACUUUGCCGCUCCCCAGCAAAUUGAUCCUACAUCUGGGCAAAUCCAGGGUCACGCCCACAUCGUUAUCGAGGCGCUUCAGUCCCUUACACAGACUACCCCAACCGACCCCACCAAGUUCGCAUAUUUUCUUGGUUUGAACAGCAAGGCGGAUGCAAAGGGUCAACUUUAUGGCAACAUCACUGGUGGUUUGCCUGAGGGGACGUACAAGAUGUCUACCAUUGUCAGCGCGAUGAACCACCAACCGGUUCUCGUCGCUGUGGCGCAGCACGGAUCGUUGGAUGAUCAAAUCUACUUCACUGUUGCUGCCGCUAGCCAGAAUGGCACGACCAAGACAACAACCUCCAUUGGUGAAUCACCGCUUCCUACAACUGCCUAGGGUGUCUCAUCCGUGUCUACGGAUUCCAGCACUUGAUACCCACAGGUACGCCCGCAACCAUGAGUGCCACACCCACCACAUACUGCACAUGUCAAUCUUCGUGUUGUGAUAGUGCAUACAGUAGACUAUCUCGUAAUAUAUAAAUCUCAUAAUACAUACCCUUCAGGAUGGUCCUGCUGCGGGGCUCUGGUCAAAUGAGUCAAAACCGACUGUUUUAUUCUUCGUUCUUUCCAGUGCCAAAUACCUGGGUGCUACAGCCUGAGACUGUUGUCAAACUGAACAGAGGAUUGAAAUCUGAGCACUCCAAACUCCAAUUUAUUAUCACAACAUUCUACUACCAUGACAUAGUUCAUAUUGUAUUACCCCUC